AUGGAGCAGGAGAAUGUGUCUGAUGACACGAGUGUGACGCAUGAGACGUCACCAUAUGUGAUUCCAGUACCGAUAGAAACUAUACAAGACACAGACGUUAUUCCUGCUGAAAUUGCAAUGAAGAGUGAGCAAUAUCAAGAGAAGGAGAGGAAAAAGCAAAGGGAUGUGGACGAGAGUGAUGACGUAAAAGACAUUGAGAAGCCAUUGACUAUAGAAGAAGAGGACGUGACUGAAGCUACUGAAGAGAAUGAGAUUGAAGUGUUGGAAGAGAGUGAGACGAAUGCAGUUCAAGAUGUCGGUAAUGUGCUUGCAGAUGUAAAUCACGAGGAUGUGGUAGCUAUAGAGAGACAUGAUGAUGAUCAUGAUGAUGAUGGUAAGUCUGAUGCAAUCAAAGAGGAUAAAAGUGACAAAGAUGUGAUGGUGAAUGAUCUACAAGAAGCACAAGAUGCUUGUCAAGACGUUGAAGUGUUGGACGAGAUGUUAAUUAAUGUCACAUUGGAAACUGUUGCCAAUGUGGACCAAGAGUCAACGUACAUGGAAGUGAGCAAACCGACAUGGUCGAUUGAUUCCGAUGACGUUGCGAAAAAUCAAGCAACAGUGACGAUCAAUGGUUUGGUUGCCGACGAAACAGUGGCAACACUCGAUGAUACGAUGCAAUUUGGUGAGGAAAUGGAAUUGGCCUCACCAGCUGCAAUGCUUGAUCUGCAUGCCAUUGAAUCAGAUAUGACCACAGAUGACACUGAUGACCCUGUGUCAUUAGAAGCUGAUGCGAAAGAAUUGGAAGGUCAGGAUGCAAAUGAAGAACAGAACGAGCAAGGCGAUCAUGCGACCAUUACAGCAGUAGCAGAGUCAACUGACAAUAGUGUGCCUGUCGAUGCAAAUUUGGAGGUGGUAUUGGAAGAGAUUCGAACGAAACUUCCGUGCGAGUCCGUCGAAGUGCUGGCAUCUGGAGAGAUUCUGGUUUUGCCUGCGGGCUGGUCGACACGCCAGAGCAAAAGCAAUGAUGGAAAGACGUAUUAUGUAUCACCGUAUGGAUAUACGCAGUGGUUACGCCCUCCCAUAAAAACUGGUGUUAUUUACAACUGGGUACACGAGAUUGAAGUGACGUUUGGACCAGGCCGUUUGGGACUUAACCUGAAGCAAAUUGCUGGCAUUCCUGGCACAGUAUUUACUGACCUUCAGGUCCAUAUUGCGGAGAUUUACAAGCUGCCGAAUGGAAUGGCAAGUCCUGCAGAGAUUUAUAACUGGAGUGUAAAGCCUGAAAAGCGUCUUGCUGUGAAUAUGCGAAUAACAAUGAUGAAUGGAAUUUCAAUGGCUGGGUACACAUACUCAGAGGUACUGGAGCUGCUCGCUCGGUUGGUGCGUCCUGUUCGCCUCAAGUUCGCCGAUGUUACGAAAGGCAUUGUGGGCCGAGUCGAGGAAGUAGUUCCACUUGAAGAUUCAGAAGAAGUUAAAGAGGCUCGUGCAGCACGAGUUAUGCAGAACUCUCUCCGGAUGGAGUACUUUCAGAUUUUGGUGUCAAGUGAGCUUCACAAACAAGUAUGGGCAGCGAUGAGGCAUCACAUCCAUCUGCGAUACCUUGAGACGAAAAAGAAGUGCGAGGUUCUUGAGACUCAGGUUGAAAGGGAGCAGCGUCGCCAGGAAUCUCUAGAAAAAGAGUAUGAAAAUUUGAUUCGAGAGGAAGCUUCACUGAAGGAUAUGAUCAAGAAGUUGGACAUGCAAGUGGCAGGUGAAAUUGAGUCACCUGAAGUGCUAAGGACGGCAGAGCUGAUCCAGCGAACAGUGGAGCUUGACAAGGAUGUGACCGAAAUUAUCGCUGAGAACGACGAGUUGCAGGCGACACGCGUCAAAACAGAGGAGACUCUCGAUUGCUUGCAAAAAGAGUUGGAUGAAUACGGAGAUCUUGACAUUGACUUGAACGGUCAGCAGGACAUUAAGUUCUUCUCACCCGCGUUUCUAGGUUCUCUGGUGCACCGAGGCUCUAUUGAUACUCGCGCCGAGGACGCACAUGAGCGGCUUCUUGUGAAGAUUAAAGCUCAACAUGAUCAUUUUGUAGGAGAGAUCAAGAUGGAGGAAGAGCGAGCCAAGUUUGUGCAGUCGGAGAUUCAGCAAUUCCAGGAUCAAAUGGAUGUGGCUGCAGCAGCUGUCAAGCGCGAGGAUGCAUUUAUUAGUGGUGAACGUCCACCUCAACUGAUCUUUUUGGAGAACAAGAUUGCGUUGCUGCAAAAAAACUUGCGGGACACUGUGUGGGGAAUAGCAAAUGCAACCAGCAAGGGAGAUCAACAGCAGGCUGAGAACUUGUCGCGUCGGCGAGCUGAUCUAAAAGAUGAUUUGAAGGCGGCAUUGGACGAAAUGCGGCGAAUGGAGAUCGAGUUGCAAGUUUUCUUCGAUGUCGAUGAGGGCAAAAUGGUUGCUUUGGAGCACGCAGAUACAUCUAUUGACACGGUUGAUAUCGAUGAAGCUCCUCACGAACGCGCAUCAGAGUCCGCACGUCUACAGAACAAGCUAGUCAAGCUUCAAGCUCAGCUUCAUGAUACCGUUGUCGAGCUCGCAAAAGCUGCAAGUGAAAAGGACGAGGCACGAAAAAGCGAGCUUGCGAGGCGCCGAUUACAAUUGAAGGAUGAGAUGAAGGUCGUACAAGACCAGUUCCAGGAAUUAACAAAUGGGACACUAAACGUGUCAGCUAAGGCAAGAGAGUCGUACUUGCGACCAUCUGUUGUCGGUCCACCUUCAAUCGAUGACGUUUCUCGGAGGUCUAUCGUCAGCUCUCGUCCGUCAUUUGGUGGUAUCCGAAACUCGAUCAUUGGUAACAGGGUUUCCAUAAUUGGUGGUGGCAACAGAGGUUCGGUUAGCGUGCAACAAGGUCCAGAACGAUUUGAUCCUUCUCGUAGCCGCCGAAGCAGCAGUAGCGCAUCUGGUGUGUCAGUCGCGCAGUCACAUGACUCAACUUUGAAUCAAGUUGUUCGCGAUGGUUGUUUGCCAACCAUGAGUGGCAUUUUACGAAAACAUGCAACCCAUUCAAACGAAAAGGGUCCAUUUGGCAACAUGUCACUUCGUGGUGUACGUGAACGAUGGUGCAAUAUUGAGCCCGAUGGUUUUCUUCGCUAUUACAAACGGGAGGGUGAUCGUGAACCUCGUGGUUCAAUUCCAUUGAAAAACAAGUCAUUGGAGAUUUUAUAUGGCAAAGAAGUGGGCAAACCGAACGAGUUUAUGAUUUGUUCACCAACACAACAGACUCGCAUGAUUGCCAAGACACAUGAUGAGAUGUUACAAUGGGUUACAAUGCUGGAAAGUGCUCAUGCUUAUUUUAUGCAGCAACUUUCUGAACAUGAUCAAGCACGUGGUAGUCUCUCACCGUCUGUUGAUGAUAGCAAUACUGACCCUGAAGCAGCAGACGCCGAGCUUGCGUAUCGCAACAAACGUGCAACACUCGGGUUUUAA